AUGAGCGUCUCUGUUGAAACUGCUGAAGACCAACCAUUCUUGGGUCCCAACUUGAACAUCACACUUACUUGUCCCGAAUGUAAGAUCUACCCUCCAGAUUUGAUUGAAAGAUUCAGCGAAGGGGAUAUAGUGUGUGGGAGUUGUGGAUUGGUAUUGAGCGAUAGAGUAGUUGAUACAAGAUCAGAAUGGAGAACAUUCUCAAACGAUGAUCAGAAUGGUGACGAUCCAAGCCGUGUGGGUGACGCUGGUAAUCCUUUAUUGGAUACCGAAGAUUUGUCUACCAUGAUCUCGUACGUGCCUGAAAACACCAGGGUUGGUAGAGAAUUGAAUAGAGCACAGCUGAAGUCUCUUGUUGACAAGAAGGAUAACGCCUUGUCUGCAGCGUAUGCAAAGAUUUCACAAAUGUGUGAUGGUUACCAACUCCCCAAGAUUGUACAAGACGGUGCCAAAGAAGUGUACAAGCUAGUUUACGAUGAAAGAAGACUCAGAGGAAAAUCUCAAGAAUCUAUCAUGGCGGCCGCCAUCUUCAUUGGAUGUAGAAAGGCAUCGGUAGCAAGAACUUUCAAGGAAAUUUGGGCUUUGACCAACGUUCCUAGAAAGGAAAUUGGGAAGGUGUUUAAGAUUAUGAAUAAGAUUCUUCAAGAGAAGAAUGAGGCAAACCCUAAUGCUUACUCAUUGAUUCAAGAUAACAUGCAAACCACUCAAACUUCUGCAGAAGAUUUGAUUAGAAGAUUCUGUUCUCAUUUGGGUCUUUCCACUCAAGUAACCAAUGCUGCAGAAUACAUUGCCAGACAGUGUAAAGAAGUGGGUGUAUUGGCUGGUAGAUCACCAAUUACCAUUGCUGCCACUGUAAUCUAUAUGGCUGCAUUAGUAUUUGGGGCUGACUUGCAACCUUCAAAGAUUGCGGAAAAGACUGGGGUGAGUGACGGAACCAUAAAGACGUCAUAUAAGGUGAUGUACGAGGAAAGGCAGAAAUUAAUUGACCCGUUAUGGAUUGAGAGUGGGAAGGUCAAAUUGGAGAACAUCCCAAAGACAUAG